AUGCAGAGACCCUCCCAAUCCGAGAAGUCAGACCCCGUGGGCGACGGCCGCGUCUCCCCGCAGAGCGGCUACAGCGUCCGCGACAGCCGGCCUCAGAGCAUUCAGACGCCCGUCAACCCGUUCGCCACCCCCCAAGCCUCGCUGCCCACCACCCGCGCGGCCUCGUUCCGCGAUUUCCCUCUGCCCUCGCCCGGCGCCGCCCCCUACUUCAGGUCGCGCCGCGUGCCAAAGGGCACCGUCCAAACCCCCAAGGCCCUGAAGGGCAAGAAGCGCAACGAUCCGUGGCUGUGGGCCAUUCCUUUGAUCGGCGCUCUGAUCGGCUUUGGCGUCAGUGGCUUGCUCGUCUGGCUCGGCAUCAACGCCAACACGUCGCCCUUCAGCUACUGCCCGGUGCUGAUGGACGACUUCUCCUCCGGCUCCCUUGACGAUUCCAUCUGGACUCACGAGAUCCGCCUCAACGGCUUUGGCAACGGCGAGUUCGACCAGACCACGGCCGACGAAGAGAAUGUCUUCAUCAAGGACGGCCAGCUCUACAUCAAGCCCACCCUCCAGGAUGCAACCCUCAUGGAGACCAACAACAUCAUCAACCUGACUGCCCUGGGCACUUGCACCUCGGGCACUUGGUCCGACUGUGUUGGUUCGACCAACACGACCAACGGCACUGUCCUCCCGCCCGCCAAGUCUGCCCGUCUGACCACCAAGAAGGGUGCCAGCAUCAAGUACGGCCGUGUCGAGGUCACGGCCAAGCUCCCCCGCGGUGACUGGCUCUGGCCCGCCAUCUGGAUGCUUCCCACCGAGAGCGUGUACGGUGACUGGCCCCGCAGCGGUGAGAUUGACAUUCUGGAAUCGCGCGGCAACAACUACACGUACAACACCAACGGCGGUGGCAACGACUACGCCAUCGGCACCCUUCACUGGGGCCCUGACUCGGACAACGAUGGCUACCACCAGACCACCAACAGGAAGCAGGCUCUGCACUCGAUGUGGGGCGAUGACUUCCACACCUACGGCCUCGAGUGGACCGAAAAGUACCUCUACACCUACAUCGACAGCCAGCUGCUGCAGGUCAUGUACACUCCAUUCAAGCAGCAGCUGUGGAGCAGGGGCAACUUCCCCACCUCCACCGCCAACGGUACCCGCCUGACCAACCCCUGGGCUGAUGGUGGCGUCAACGCUCCCUUUGACCAGGAGUUCUACUUGAUCCUUAACGUCGCAGUUGGCGGCACCAACGGCUGGUUCACCGAUGGAAAGUACUCGAAGCCUUGGAUUGAUGCUAGCGCCAGCGCCAAGAAGGACUUCUGGAACGCCCGGAAUACCUGGUAUCCCACUUGGGAGAAGAACGGGCAGAUGAUUGUCGACAAUGUCAAAAUGUGGAAGCACUGUUAA